AAGAGGCUCACUAACUACCGAAGCACUUUCAGAGAGACUCAUGAUUCGAGAUUUUUUAUAUAUUUGACGUAGUAGGCACAUACAACUGUUUUUAGCUAGUAUUUCCAAGAAUGGCUACAUUUUUCGGCGAAGUAUUGUCUGUACACUCAAGAGCAGUAGAAGAGGAUGACCGGGAGGAUGAGGAAGACGAAAACGAGGAAGAUGCAGAAAUCCGGAGAGAAUUAGAGGAGAAGAGAAAGGUCCAUCUGAAAUGGUGUCCAGAGGUAUCUCAAGCAUUUGAGGCUUCCAGUGAUAAGACACUUCAAUGCUCCAAUCUUAUCAUAACUGUGGGAACCAAUGCAACUGGCUUUGUAUCAGCAUUCAUUUUAAACUCCGCAAGCUGGAACAGAAUUGGCUGGCUCUCUCUAUGGAAUGAGAGAAACAGAAACAGAAACGAUCUCAUGGACAGCCCUCCUGUUCCAGGAGAGCCAAGCUGUGUGAUAUACCAGCAGAAGGAAGGUUCGGUACUAAUCUGUCAGUGUGCGUGCUACGUUGCUGAAGAUCAGCUGUUUCAGUGGACUGAAAAGGUGUUUGCAUCUCUUCAGAGGAGAGGGCUCACUGUGACGGUACUGUCAGAUGCACCCAUCGCAGAAUACAAAACCUCAGACUACCACCAUGAGAGUGACAUUCCGUUUCUUCGUGCUCUGAAGACCAGUGCAUAUAAAGAAAAAGUCAAUUGUCCUUUUCUGGAACAACCCAAUAUCGUCACUGGACUACCUGCAGCAGUGAUUUCCCAUUGUCAAAUUCAUGGGAUCCCAGCUGUAGUGUACCAGAGCUACAGUGAUGUGAUAAGUGCCGACUCUGUUACAAUGGAAACCUAUAAGCUUGCUCUGACUUGGACUAAGAGUAUAAAGUUGGAGCCUCCAACCACAGACAUCCUUCAGAAGUUCACAAGGAGUUGUGAUGAUGUCCAUGGUAACAUGUAUACAUAAACAUUGUGUUAUUGUCGACUGUAUGCUGUUUUGCAGAGUUUGACUAUCAUAAAUAUUUUUCUAAUGCUGAUAAGACUGUGUGAGAGUAAACUAUUAUUAAUCCUGUUAAACCUGUAACGCUUUGUACUACCACUAGAGGCUGUAGUAGGAUGAAAUAUCUUGCACCACAUGGUUAUUGUAGGGGCUUGCCUCACCUCACUUGGCAUUUGACAUAUCCCAAAACAAAUAAACUUGACAUGUUUUUGAAAAGUCCAUCCCAUACUCUGUUUACAUCGAACAGUGUGUUGAACCUGUUGAACCUGAUUAAUGUAUCAGCGCAAAGCAUGAAUAACAAUAAAUUGGACGUUUUUAUAAUGA